AUGACGCUGACAGAAAAAGUGUCUCAUGCCAACACACUAGAUUUUCCUUCGGUGGUUACUAUGGAAGAUACGAUGUCGAAAUCAUUUGUGGAAUGCUUGCCCGACAUUGAACUUAAAUGUCCUCUCAUAGUACGAGAGGCUGAGGAAGAAGAAGAUAAUGAAGACGACGACGAAGAAGACGAGGAUGAAAACGACGACGAAGAAGACAAUGAUGUAUUUGAUAACCCCGAUUCACAGACAAUACGAACGGAGAAACAAGAGCACCAUAACGUGGAACAUAAACGCACAGAGAAACACAACAAGCUAAACGCCGAGUCUCCGAAUGCCCACUCUUCAAAGACAAAACGGUCUUCUUCCGCGUCCAACGACGUGCUCCACGAGCGAGAUCGGUUCCGGGCCCGUUUUGACUCUUUCAAUGCGUCGGACCACAAAUGGCUGAUUUCUGAGCUGCCGUCUGCCGACUGCGAGGUUUGCGGAAGCAUGCGGUCCAAAACGACAAAGCUCAACGUUCCGGACGAGCAGGUGUCGUCGACCGACGAGGUGACAGAGCUGCUUUUCCGCUACUCUAUAGCGGAAGCGGUUCUGCCUCUAGACUCGAGGUCGCUUUUCUACCAGACCCAUCUUGACCCGGUCCGAGCAGAGACGGAAAUCGAUUGCAUCUUUGAUAUCCGGGCCAUCAGCCCGCCCCAGCUAUCGUCUGUGUUCCACUGGUAUUUUAACAGACCUUUGCCUCCUACAAACCAGAUGUUCCCGUGGCUCCACGGGCUCCAUAAAGAUAACUUUACGCAGCGGUCUUUUUUCAUCUCACAAAAGCUUCUCCAGAACUCCCGCGAGUCAGGAGCCUCUCCAGCAGCAUUUGAUGUCGACAUUUCCAAACCGAAAGAUGCCCGUUCCAUCAUGUGCGUCAAUAGCGGCGCCGCUGCUUCUUCAGAACAGAAAAUACUCCGAAACUCAGUGGGCGCCAGCGAAAUUCUCCGGCAGAUUGAGUAUCUGCGGUACGAGGUGAUUUUGCAAGUGAAAAACUUGGUGCUCAAGGCAUUCCCGCAGGCGGAAGAUGAUGACGAGCACAUUGCUACGCUCACGGAAAUGAUUGCAAACGACUGUUUUGCCACGGGCUACGUUCCGGUUUUCCUCGACCUUGACCCCAACCGCGGAGUUUCGCUUCGAAAUUUCCACAUCCAAGUGGCCAAGCUGGCACAUUGUGCUGAUUUUGUCGUUUACUGUUUCUGCAAAUCCCAUUUGCUGAACUGCAAGUGUCUGUCCUUGGCCCGGCUUUUAAGAGUGGCGCAACUUUGUGACAAAUCACUGAGCAGAGAGACCUUCAACAUUUUCAUGCUUACUUGGGCCAAUGUGCAACAGAGCCAGGAUAUUUUCACUUCCAACGAAGAUGCUUGCGCCCCCAGCGGAUCGGAGGCGCUGAAGAAAACACAACUUCUUUUGAGCACGAUGCGUGGGCUCAAAACAGAUAUAUUCUCUGUGUGGGACUCGGGGCUCCAAGUCAAGGAGAAAAUCGAAACCACCAGAAUGUCGUCUGCUACCCAAUUGCACAUGAAUGUCUGGCUGGGAAACAUAUGGGACUAUCAGAUUAUGAUGCACCAUUGGAGACUACAGGCGGGCGAUACGGACGAGGACUACGAAACGCAAAUAACACCUUUGGAUAACCCAAGGCAUCUAUACUACGACCCAGCACACUCGUGUCUCGUAAAGGACAAUCUACCCGGCGAUGCAGAACUAAUCAGCUUGUUGACUAUGCCGCGGGCCCAUUGGAAACUAUUCGUCCAUUGUCAUAAUGAUGCAUCUUUCCCUUCGCCAACUGUUCUAUCUGAUUUGCUCUUCAAGUACACUAUAACGUCGCACAAAGCCGAAGAUGUCGAUGAAAUCCACCAUUUGGAAUUCCCAUCGGCUGGUUCGAUCGGGUUUGGCGACUGCAAGCAGGAGAGCCUUAUGAGCAUUGUCAACACUUGCAAGCUCCUCUAUCUUUACUCAUCGUCUGUGGGGCCCGAUAGUUUGGCGUCCUUGAUAUACUGCUCGGACGGAUACACCGAACUGUCCUUCCUUUCGCUCUGUUAUAUAAUGUACGCGGAAAACGUGUCCUUGGAGGAUGCCAUGCUCAAACUACAUCUGGAUUAUGGGCGUCCGUUCUACAUUUUUAACAGCGAUGUUUCUGUUCUCCAGAAACUCGAGGUUCUUCUUCGCAGGUUCUCUCCUCUAGUUCUCACGGACAUAAAAUGGGCUGCUUACGAGACCACGUCAAGCAGAACCAUCAAUGAAAUUUUGCUUGGAAAGCGUUCUAAUACGCCGAAAGCCAUACCGAAGAAGCUCAGACUUGGGUAUAUUGCGGAGAAUUCUGAUUCUGAGUCAUCGCUGGACUCUUCUGGAGAUGAGGAUGACAUGAACGAAACUUCAUCUUUUCUCAAUCGAAGUUGGGUUGAAGAAGUCGAAGGAUCUUUCCCUUCGCGGAUCUUGCCCUAUUUAUAUUUGGGUUCGUUGAAACAUGCCAACAGUUUGACUCUUCUCACCAAGCUAGGCAUCAAAAAAGUGAUAUCUGUGGGCGAAGAGCUCGAUUGGCUUAACGGACACAAGUUUCAGCACAAUAACAAUAUCAUUGUCGACGAAAUUGAUAACGGCGACAUUGAGGUUUUCAACAUCUCGCCAAAACCAACCAGUCACAACAAGUUCAGCACCCAUUCGUCUGUGGACGGGGUCAUGAAGGUCAACAAUCUCCAGGACGAUGGUAUUGAUGAACUCACCAAGGCAUUGCCUAAAGUCUUGGACCAGAUCGACCAAGAAUACCGCCGCACGAAUGGGAACACGAAGAUUCUAGUUCAUUGUCGUGUUGGAGUCUCUCGCUCUGCCACAGUUGUUAUUGCUGAAGUGAUGCGCCGUUUGGGACUCAAUCUCCCCCAAGCAUAUUUGUAUGUGAGGGUGAGGAGACUCAACAUUGUCAUCCAACCGAACUUGCGCUUCAUGUAUGAAUUGUUCAAGUGGGAAGAAAAAGAGCGCAGCAGAGGCAAAGACACCCACAGUUGCUGUGUUUUGCGGGAAAUCGACUGGUUUGUCAUGUGCCGAGAGAUACGGAAAUUGAAUUCGCCGUUUUUGCAGCGCUAA